UUUAGGGCUCAUGAUCAUUGAACAUUCACCUUCUGAACAACUCAAUAAACAAAUGGCUGUGUUACUGUUGAUUGUCAUCUGUGCGACUUUUACAGGUUUUAUAGAGGGAAAUGAUGUGGUCUCACCAGAUGAACCAACUAUGGCAGGACAUACAAGUGUGAACAUAAACGAGUCAGUCUCAAAUAUAUUGAUAACCAGCAGCAAGACAGACUUGGUUGAGUUCAACAGUUCUGUCACUCUUGUCUGCUCUGCCUCUGGAUCUCCCACCUCUUUUCUCUGGUUCAACGGCAGCUCUGAGGUUACAGCAAAUGACAGAGUUCACUUCACUGAUGGAGGCUCCAAUCUGACUAUAAUCAAUGUGACCCGGUUUGACCAAGGGCCGUUCAGAUGUCUUGUGUCCAAUCUUCUCAGUAAUGGCACCAGUGAUCCAGUGAAGCUCUCCAUCAGCUAUGGUCCUGAAAAUAUAAAAUUGAGAGUAAAUCCAUCAAAGGAAUAUUAUAAAGUAGGGUCAGACAUCUUCUUCAGUUGCAAGGCUGAUUCCAAACCUCCUGCAAGGUAUCACUGGCUUGUGAAUGGAGCCCUGGGGUUUACAGGUGGAAUAGGUUUUGGUGUGAUUGAUGCUCGCACGAGUCAGAGUGGAAACUACAGCUGUCAGGCCUUUAACAGCAGAACUCUGAGAUAUGAAACAUCUCAGCCUUUAUCCAUCACUAUAGUGGCUAUAGACUCAGUGGAAUCAUCAGAAUGUCUCAUCAGUGGAAUAGUAAUCACAUGUUGUGUCAUCGUUGCUGCAGCUGUUGGUGGCGGCUACUACAUCUAUAAGAGAAACAGAAGACAUCUGAACCAGUCCACACACACAGAAACUACCACUGCAACAGCAGCUGAAGGUCAGGAUAAUCCAGCUUCCUCCAGUCAGGAGCUGAACUUUACAAAUGUGAGGUUUAUCCCAAACAAAAAUACACAUAGUGACUCUGCACAUUAUGCAUCCUCCCCUCCUUCCUAUGAUGACGUCAUGCAGGAAGUGAAUAGAUUCAAAUAGUACUGGACACCAAAAGCAGUGAAACCUGAACUUCUCUUGUAGUUCCUUCAUUGUGAGCUUGUCUGGACAUGGCUUUCCGACUUUCCUUUAACAUGUAAUUAACAACCAACCAGCUCUGAAGUUUACUGUCACUGGAAAACUGUUUCUAUUUAUUACUUUGAUAUUUCUUUAAAAAACUGUAUAUCGUGUUUUACAGUCCAUGUAAAAUGCAGUUACCUAAGCAGUAAUAUUCUUUAUAUUUGAUUCAAAUGUUAAUCUAGCUAAUGUUUCUCACAGGUUUGACAUAAUGUAAUAUCAUGUGAUUUCAUAUGAGAUUCUAGUGUUUAUUUGUUAAAAAUAGCACUCCUGGAUACUACUUAAUGAUCAGUUUGAUGAAUGAUUAAUGUGCCAUUACCUUAGUGAACUGUAAAGGUGCUGCACUGUUUGAAAGUUUUGAAUUAAAUGAAAUGUUACAACAAAGAAAAUGUUAAUGGCGAGUUUUUAAACUUU